AGUCGAACGCACCACUUGGCCUUUGGGCCGCGAGCCCCGCCCACCCGUGAGUCUGCGUCAUCGCAGCGCAGCAGUGAUCGAAAGCAUCAUGGCAGGGAUGGAGCUCGCACCGUUCAGACCGUGGGAUGAUUUCUUCCCUGGUGUUGACCGAUUCUCCAAACCCGAUGUGUCUGAUUUAAGCAAAUGGAAUAACAGAGUGAUCAGCAAUCUGCUUUAUUUUCAGACUAAUUACUUUGCGGCCGCUGUCGUCGUGAUUCUGAUUGUCGGUUUUCUGAACCCGCUGGGCAUGUUUGUUGGUGGGGCGGUCGUGGCUCUGGUCUUCAUGAGCUCGGUGUGGGCAGGAGAGAAUAAAGCUGUGAUCAAGAACUUCAAGAAGAGAAAUCCCACCCUGUUUGUCGUGGGUGUCCUGGGAAUCAGUUACCUCCUGCUGUCCUUGUGUGGAGGAGUGAUGGUGUUUCUCUUCGGUAUCACACUCCCCAUGCUCUUGAUCCUCAUCCACGCUUCUCUGAGACUUCGCAGCAUGAAGAACAAGUUGGAGAACAAGAUCGAGGGCGUUGGCCUGAAGAAGACGCCCAUGGGAGUCAUACUGGAUCUCCUGGAUCAACAAGAAGAGAAGAUCAACAAAAUCCAGGAUUUCUUGGAGAGUAAGCUGAAAGAUUAAGCAUGAAGCACCUCAGUGUCCUCUACAUGCAGCCACUCUUUCUUUUUGAGUUGUUUUGUGUUUGUUUUGGUCUUGGUUUGACAGCCAAAUACCAAAGUGGAAAUAUCUUUUAAAUACCAAAGUAUGACGAAGUUCCAGACGCACACGUUUGUCACAUCACCAGAGAGUAUGACUUGCUAGUGUAAGACUGUCUGUAUAAGACUCAUUCCCAAUCUGUAUGCAGCUUCCAUUGACAUUUUGUCUAUUUUAGUUUUUAUUCAGAAUGAAUUAGCAUAAAUGCAUAUGCUUUGAAUAGAUUUCUACAGACAGAGUCACUGAAAGCACUUUGAAAUAUUGUAGAUUUGGUCAUACCUUAUUUUUCCCCUGUGGCGAAAAGAUCAUCGUUCUUCUGGCGCACAUUUGUAAUAGAAAUUAAAUGUUUUCAUAUGAGCUGAUGUGACAUAAUGACGGAGGAGUGUGUAUUUAUUGCAUGUUUUGCUUAUUUUUUGGCUAACACAAGCUCUGCAGUGAAGAAACAUUCACAUGCUUCUGAAAUUAAUGCACAAACACUGUUUGUUUGCAGGUUUGAACAGAUUUAAUAAAGGUGGAAU